AUGAUGUUCAUGUCCGCUCUCAUUGGGCUGACGCCUCUUAUCGGGUCGCUGGUGGGCAAGCCCGAAGUCGUUGUGGCCGUCGACACGACGUCCGACCCUGAUCUUGUAGCGAAACUCAAGUCCGCUGCGACUAUGCUCGACCGGCUCGACAUGCUCAGCGACGAACAACUGGUGUACAACUUCUCCUCCAACCCCAAGUACUCGUGGCAUCCGGGAAGUGUCUCCAACGCAAACGCUGCAACGUGGCCUAUCCUGAGCACGGUCGGGGUGACUGUGGCUCAACUCAAUCUGGGACCCUGCGCGAUGCUUGCUCCGCACCACCACCGUGCCAACAACCUUGUUGUCGCUGUUUCCGGCACUACAAACACGUACAUGUAUCAGGAGAACGGAGCAAGAAUGGUUGAACAGACGUUGACCCCCGGCAUGAUGACAAUCUUCCCUCGUGCUAGUGUGCAUACCAUGUACAAUACAGGCUGCGAGAACAACCAACUCUACUCGUUCCUCGACGAUGCAGACGCGUCGACAACCAAUCUUGGGCAGGCAUUCUUCAUGAUGCCCAAAGAUAUAGGCAUGACAGUCAUGCCUUUCAUCGAGCUCUCCAACGGGAAUUGGACGGCGACCGGACAGGCCAUGCCCCAAGUCGGCACCGGCAGUCAAGCCGGGUUUGAAAGUUGUCUGGAGAAGUGUGGUCUCAGCACGAGUAGCUAUGCCACCAACAACCGUGUCGUUAUGGGUUGA